GUGUCAGUCUUCUUGUUCUAUCGAGAUAGAGCUAGAGGGAGAUUUCUCCACCAUUUCAGCUUCUCCUUUAGAGCCAGCUAGCGUUUGAUUCAACCAUUCUCUCUCGCCUUUUCUUUUUUUUGGUGCGCGCGCGUGCGCACAUCCUUUCAAGUGCCAUUUUUUGCACCUGAUCUUUCUUGUUUUCUACGAUUUGCGUGGAGUCUUCGUAUCCACACCAGUACUUUUCCUUUCCUUUCCUUUUGUUUUUGUUUUUUUGUUUUUUUUGUUCUUUUGCAGUCGCAGUAAGUUAAUGAUCAUCAAAAAGCUUUCGUGGAACUUGAUCGUCGGCCAUACACGAAAAAGUUCAACUUCUUCGGCAUCUUAAUUUUAUUCUCUCUCGAGGUUUCUGGGCAAGCAAACCAAGCCAAAGUACUCUCGGGUGCUGAACUGAAGGAGAGUUUUCUUGGCAUUCUGAAGUUUCGCAGGAAGUAUUAUAUAUGUGAUUCUGUUUAGAAAGAGAUUUCUCUCGGGGUUGUUGUAGAGUAAGCUUUUGGACGUGAAGGAUUCUUGGCGAUCGAUACCCUUGUCAAUUAAAGAAUCAGAAAGCGUACGUUGUUAGAAUCCGAAUCUGAUGGCUGAGUUUACAGCGAAAUGGGUGUGGGGUUUGAGAUCAGUGUGGAUGUUGUCGUUGAACUUUCUCUUAGCUUUGGUCAUGUUUGUUUCGGCGGAAAGGAGGCAGCUGAGGCUGGAAGAUUCAAGAGUACUCGAUGGAACAGGAGGAGGACCCAAGUCCAAUUACCUUCUCAAAGCAAUGAAUUUCUUAUGGCAACCCGACCAGACUGGUUAUCACCAUGUUUGGCCGGAGAUGGAAUUUGGGUGGAAAAUUGUUGCGGGUACCAUAAUUGGAUUCUGUGGAGCUUCAUUUGGGAGUGUUGGUGGCGUUGGCGGUGGUGGUAUUUUUGUUCCCAUGCUCAGCCUUAUUAUUGGGUUUGAUCCCAAGUCCGCAACUGCUAUAUCAAAAUGCAUGAUCAUGGGUGCAGCAGGCUCAACUGUCUACUACAACCUUAAGCUAAGGCAUCCGACACUCGACCUGCCCAUCAUUGACUAUGAUUUGGUACUGCUCAUCCAACCAAUGCUCAUGCUGGGCAUUAGUAUUGGGGUCGCUUUCAACGUUGUAUUUGCCGAUUGGAUGGUCACAGUUUUGCUUAUCUUUCUCUUUAUAGUUACGUCGACAAAGGCAUUCUUUAAGGGUGUUGAAACAUGGAAAAAGGAAACCAUUAUGAAAAAGGAGGCUGCUAAGAGACUGGAGACAAAUGGUUCAGGUGGUGCGGAAGUGGAAUACAAGCCUCUCCCUGGUGGCCCUAACAAUGGUACUCAUAAGCACUCCGAAGAACAAGAAGUCUCUAUUCUCGAGAAUGUUUACUGGAAGGAACUUGGACUUCUCGUUUUUGUUUGGGUUGCAUUCCUUGCCAUUCAGAUUACCAAGAAUUAUACAGCUACAUGUUCAACAACAUACUGGGCGUUGAACUUGUUGCAGAUCCCUGUUUCUUUUGGGGUAUCUUUGUACGAGGCAGUUGGCCUUUACAAGGGGCACAGAGUUAUUGCAUCCAAGGGGGAUGAAAGGACAAAGUGGCGAGUGCAUCAGCUUGUUAUCUAUUGCUUUUUAGGCGUGGUGGCUGGAAUAGUUGGCGGGCUGCUUGGACUUGGUGGAGGUUUUAUCAUGGGUCCACUGUUUUUGGAGUUGGGAAUACCCCCUCAGGUCUCAAGUGCCUCUGCCACCUUUGGAAUGACCUUCUCUUCAUCAAUGUCUGUUGUUGAAUACUACCUUUUAAAACGUUUACCUGUUCCAUAUGCUCUCUACUUUGUUGCUGUGGCUACCAUUGCAGCCUUCACAGGGCAGCAUAUUGUGAGAAAGUUGGUCAAUUUAUUAGGAAGGGCGUCAUUAAUCAUCUUUAUUCUAGCCUUCACUAUAUUUGUCAGUGCAAUAUCCCUUGGUGGGGUUGGAAUAUCAAACAUGAUUGGGAAGAUUCAGCAGCAUGAAUACAUGGGAUUUGAGAACCUCUGCAUGUACUAUGCAUAGCAUGCUUCAAGCUUAGUACUUAUAUUACUUUUUCCUCUCUCUCUCU